AUGUCUGAUUCAUUAAAAUUCUCAUCUCCAUGUUCUUAUGUUGAUGCUUCUUUUUUCCAAAAAUUUUCAAAAUUAAAAUUAGAUAAAUUUAAACUUGAUUCCAAAGAACAAAAGAUUCAUGGUUCUAUAACAAAUUUAAAUACAAUUGAAGAAUUUAAAGCAUUGGAUAAAGCUCAAUUUAUUAAAAAUUCAGGUGAAAGAAUCCUUAAACAGAUAGAGAACAAAGAAGUCCUUGAAAAUCCUUCAUUAUUGAAUCAUUUUGAUAUUAUAAGUUUUGCAGAUUUGAAAAAAUUCAAAUUUUACUAUUGGUUUGCAUUUCCUUCAUUAAAUUCUAAUUGGAAAAUCAAUCAUAGGGAAUUCAUUGAUGAAAUACCUGAAACAGUUAUAAUGUGGUUUAGUAUUUUAGAUAACAGGAAUAAAGGUGUGAUCAUUUGGAAAGAUGAUGUACCCUACACUUUAGCAAGUUUAAGUCUUGUAAACCCUGAGGAUACAUUAAAAAUUGGAUUCAUAGAUUCUUGUAUUAUUGAUGAUAAACCUUCAAAAUUUUUACAAAAUUUAUUAACUGCAUUAUCAUAUUAUGGUUAUAAUUCAAUAGAAUUACAUGUUUAUAGAUUUGCUUCCAAGAGUUUUAAAUUAAAUAUAACAAAUACUAAUUUAGAUUUACAAAAAAUUACAGGUUGGGAACGUACAUCUCAAGGUAAAUUAGGUCCAAAAUUAGCAGAUUUAGGUUCCCUCAUAGAUCCAAUAAAAUUAUCUGAACAAUCUGUUGAUUUAAAUUUAAAAUUAAUGAAAUGGAGAAUAUCACCUGAAUUGGAUUUAGAUAUCAUUCAACAAAAUAAAGUCUUGUUAUUAGGUUCUGGGACUUUAGGUAGUUAUGUUGCAAGAGCUUUAUUAGGAUGGGGUGUUCGACAAAUAACAUUUGUUGAUAAUGGAUCAGUAUCUUAUUCAAAUCCUGUUCGUCAACCUUUAUUUAAUUUUGAAGAUGUUGGUUCACCAAAAGCUGAAAUUGCAGCUAAAUCAUUACAAAAAAUAUUCCCAUUAGUUAAUUCCAAAGGGUUCCAAUUAGAAAUUCCAAUGGCUGGUCAUCCUGUUACAAAUGAAUCUAAACAACAAGAUGGAUUUAAUCAAUUAGUUCAAUUAAUUAAAGAACAUGAUACAAUUUUCCUUUUAACAGAUUCAAGAGAAGCAAGAUGGUUACCUACGAUAAUCGGUAAAUCUUACAAAAAGACAGUUAUAAAUGCAGCAUUAGGAUUUGAUAGUUAUUUAGUUAUGAGACAUGGUAUUGAUGAUCAAUUGGGCUGUUAUUAUUGUAAUGAUGUGGUUGCACCAACUGAUAGUUUAACAGAUAGAACUUUAGAUCAAAUGUGUACAGUUACAAGACCUGGUGUUGCAUUAUUAGCAUCUUCAUUAGCUGUGGAGUUAUUAGUUUCUAUAUUACAACAUCCAGAUGGUCCAUUGGCUAAAGCUAAUGAAGAAUCUAUAUUGGGAAAAUUACCACAUCAAUUAAGAGGGUUUCUGGGAAAUUUUGAAACUUUAAAAUUAGAAUCACCAGCUUAUCCUUAUUGUCCUGCAUGUUCUAAACCUAUCCAGGAGGCAUUUGUACAGGAAGGUUGGGAAUUUGUUAAAAAAGCUUUAAAUGAUUCUAAAUAUCUUGAAUUGAUUAGUGGAUUAGCUGAAGAACAAAGGAAAGCUGAAGAAGCAGUUGCUAAUUUGGAAGCUGAUUUUAGUGAUGAAGAGUGGCUUUGA